AUGGUUAGCUUUUGGGUUGUGCUUGCGAUCGCAGCUAUGGUUUUAGUUGUGAUAUGGAUACUCGACGACGACGGAGACGACAAGGCCGAGCGACACGAGAAGCUCGAGCAAAUUGAGCACGACGUCGUUGGCAGCAAUGGGAGUUUGAGCGACGGGAGCUGCGCCAUUUGCCUAGAAGGGUACGUCGCAUGGGAGCGACGCGCCACCAUCAACACGUGCGGCCAUCGCUUCCACGCGCACUGCAUCGAGGCGUGGCUGCGUGAGAACAACACUUGCCCGCUUUGCCGGCGCUCUUGUCUGAAGCUUGAUCGAGAUGAUCAAAUAGUUACAAUAUGUAGUAUUAAUUGUGGAGGAAUUUUUAAGUAG